AUGACAGUGACGUACUCCCGCAGGGUUGCUGAUGCAGGUCUGGGGACCUUCUUUCACCUGCUCCUGCGAUGGAAAGGCAGCAUCUAUAAGCUGCUCUACAGAGAGCUCAUCAUCUUCACACUGCUCUACUACUUCUUCAGUAUUGUUUAUAGGUACUCACUUGAAAGAAAAAUUGUGACAGCAGUGGAUUCUAACUGGACAAAAGUGGCGACAGUGGCCGUCUACAGUUUCUUCCUGGCUUGUCUGAUUGGUCGUCAGUUCUUGGAUCCAGCUCAGGGUUACUCGGGUCACGAUCUGGACUUCUACCUGCCUGUGUUCACCCUCCUGCAGUUUUUCUUCUACGUUGGUUGGCUGAAGGUUGCGGAGCAGCUCAUAAAUCCUUUUGGUGAAGACGACGAUGACUUUGAAACCAACUGGCUUGUUGAUCGCAAUUUACAGGUGUCCUUGCUGUCUGUGGAUGAGAUGUACGACAGCCUGCCGCUGGUUGAGAGGGACAUGUACUGGAAUGAGUCUGAGCCUCAACCUCCCUACACCGCUGCCAGUGCUGAACACCGCAAACCCUCCUUCAUGGGCUCGGCUCUGGAUAUCAGUGUUCCUAAGGAGGAGAUGGAGUUUCAGUCCAAUCUGGAGCAGAUCAAGGAACAUGAAGAAGCCAACUACUCCACCCCACUGCUCGGAGGGUUGGGUCGUCUCCUUGGCGUCCAGUCCCCUAACUUUCCUCGCUCCUCCCGGGUGUCUUUGCUGCGCCGCCGCCCUGGAGCUCCACUGAGCCGCUUCCCUCUUUACCUACACCCAGAAGCUCCAUCAACACCAGGUCAAGUCCGCCAGCCUUUGAACCAAGAGCGAGAUCCGGACUAUGCCUUCUCCACCAUGCCCCUGUAUGAGAGACCAGGUUUCUACAGCUGCCCACAAACACCCAUCCACUGCGUCCCUCCUGCUGUGCCUCGCCCUCGACCCACCCGGAGGGCCCAAAACGAGUGGGAUCGCAGCUGCAGCUCCCUCGCCCAUCCAAUGCUGGGCUCGCAGCUGCUACCCCCUGACACCCCUGGCCAUGUCCCCCAACCUCCAUCCUCUGCUUUCCCCUGGUUGAAUGAAGAUGGCGAGAGUGCCCUGACCUUCUCCUUCCCAGAUUCUCCACCUGAGCUUUGCCCAAUAUCUAAAAUCAGACCAGGACACGGCCUGCUGUCUCGCCGGCCUCCUCCUCCUCGCCUUACUUUGGACAACCUCCCCAUGUCCGAAAGCCAGCCCGGACCCGCGAGUGCUCGAGCUGCAGGAAAUGGAGGAGAACGGGUGUUCUCGUUCAAUCCUCCCCCUCGAACAGCCGCAAUAAACCCCAGUAAUCCCAACAGCAGCUCUAGCAGCAUUAAUGCAACCAGCACCAACAGCGCUGGCCCGACGGGAAGUCUCUGUAACGGUACAAGUCACACUAAUUUUAGUAACCAUGGGAACUUCAGCGCCAGCAUGAGGGCAAGCAACGGAGGCAACAAUGGUGGGCUUAGCAACAACAUGAACCUGGUCUCCGCGUCAGCCUCAUCUCCGCAAGAAACCAACCAGCAACACUCGCCCAAUGAUUCAGGAAUCUCCCUGGCUGAAGGGGACCUGCUGGGCGUUUUGGUGGAUGGCAGCGUGAAAAAGGAGUCGGGAGGGCAGGAACAGGACGUGUGACAGUGUUUCUGUAUCACUCGUCAUUACAAAUAUUUCACACACAUACACACACAGGUACUGACCUAUGUUCCGUCUAAAAUCUAGAGCCUCACACACGACUGAAAACUAUUUGUUGAGUUAACACUGGGUUAAUCUCUA